AUGCAAGGCCCCGAGCUCACGCAGACUGAAACCCGACCUGAUGCCGAGGAAGAAAGCAAUUUGGAGAAGGGUAUAGUGGGCUGGGAUGGCCAAAAUGAUCCCAAGAAUCCCAGAAACUUUUCCAAUGGUCGAAAGUGGUCCAUCCUGGGUUUUGUCAGUCUCAUGUCUUUCCUUAGUCCCCUUGCAUCAUCCAUGUUCGCGCCGGGCGUUCAGUUCAUGGAUGCGUCCUUUCACAACGAAUCCGAGGUCUUAAGCUCAUUGGUCGUCAGCAUCUUCUUACUUGGCUACGUUUUUGGUCCUCUUGUCCUUUCGCCGCUCAGUGAAAUAUAUGGUCGACGCCCUGUUCUCUUCGCCGCAAACUCAAUAUUCGUCGUUUGGCAGAUCGGUUGUGCCAAAGCGCCAAACUUGGCAUCCCUCAUUAUCUUCCGUUUGUUGGCUGGUAUAGGUGGCUCUGGAUGUCUUACGAUAGGGGGUGGCAUUAUAGGUGACCUCUUCGCCCCAACCGAACGAGGGGCAGCCAUGGCUGCGUUUAGUAUCGGACCCUUGGUAGGUCCAGUCAUUGGCCCCAUUACAGGGGGGUUUUUAUCUCAGCAGGUCACCUGGAGAUGGGUUUUCUGGGUGUUACUCAUCGCUUCAGGAACUGCGACGGUGGGCAUCGAAGUCUUUAACACUGAGACAAACCCUGGAGUUAUUAUACAAAAGAAGACUAAGCUCCUCGCCCAACAAACAAACAGGCCCGACCUCCGCAGCUGCUAUGAGCGGGAUGUAUCUCUAACGAGGUUUGAGAUCAUCAAACGAGGCAUCCUAGUGCCGGUCACGCUACUCUUCGCCACCCCGAUCAGCUUCAUCCUGUCCCUUUAUAUGUCUCUCGUCUAUGGACUGCUAUACCUUCUCUUUACCACCAUCACCGGCGUUUACGAGGUCACAUAUGGCUGGUCACCUCAGCUAUGCGGCCUGGCAUACUUGGGCAUCGGCCUGGGAUUUUUCGUUGGGCUCGGGAUUGUGGCAAAGUCUAACGACAAGACAGUAGUGACCCUCACGCGUAGCAACGACGGGGUAUAUGAGCCCGAGAUGCGUCUUGCCGCGUGUGGUAUCUUCGCUUUGUUCAUCCCCAUUUCAUUCUUCUGGUACGGGUGGGCGGUUGAGAAGCAUACACAUUGGGUCGUGCCCAUUAUCGGGAUGAUCCCGUUCGGAUUUGGCAUGAUUGGUGUCUUCAUCCCCAUCCAAACGUACAUGGUUGACGCCUUUCCCAAAUACGCUGCUUCUGCAGUAGCUGCAUUGACGGCUAUGCGUUCAUUGUUUGGGGCGUUUCUUCCUUUGGCUGGACCGCAGAUGUACACAACGCUGGGGUAUGGCUGGGGAAACUCGCUUUUGGGUUUUAUAUCCGUGGCGCUCCUUCCAGUUCCAUAUUUGAUAUACAAGUUUGGUGGAUAUCUGAGAAAAAAGCACCCGUUGAAUCUGUGA